GAGAGAGAAAAUGAACGGGGGAAGGGUAGAGAGAGGGAGACAACAGAAUCCAAAGCGAGCUCCAGGCUCUGGGCUGUCAGCACAGAGCCUGACGUGGCGUUUGAACCCACAAACCGUGAGAUCAUGACCUGAGCUGAAGUCAGACGCUUAACCAACUGAGCCACCCAGGCACCCCUUACCUCUAGCAAUGAUUUGUAUAGAAGUACUCAUUCUGAUGAGUUAAGGUCCAUGCCCAGACUUGUUCACUGCCUUGUUUAAAGUUGCAUAUGUGCACUGGAAAUUAAUAUAAUGGUAUAUAUCUCAAGAAACAAAAAACAUAUAGGCAGCAAUCCACAGGUCCAUCAGCGGGAUUAUUGAGCCAUGUCAUGUGCUACCCUUAAAGGCAUAUGAAAGGCUUUUAUGUGCUGACCUAGAAGGAUGUUGAGAAUAGCCAGAGGAACAAAGAGCCUGCAAAGCUCAGCACAGUAUGAAUUCAUUAAAAAUGUCCUGGGUGGCUCAGUCGGUUAAGCAUCCAUUUUGGCUCGGGUCAUGAUCUCUCAUUUCGUGGGUUCGAGCCCCGUGUCGGGCUCUGUGCUGACAGCUCAGAGCCUGGAUCCUGCUUCGGAUUCUGUGUCUCCCUCUCUCUCUGCCCCUCCCCUGCUCAUGCUCUCUCUUUCUCUCUCUCUCUCUCAAAAAUAAAUAAACAUUGAAAAUAAAAAAUCUUUAAAAAUGUCCAUUUGUUUGAGCUUCAGCUUUGUCUGGAAGGACUUGUGCCUAACGUCUCGCAGAGGCUCCCUCUGGGGUGAAAUAAAGGGGAGUCUUGUUCUUACUUUUCUUUUGUAUCAUUUGUUUUUCUUUAACUGAGAAGAUAUUAAUUUUGUGUUUAACAAUCUCUCCAGUGGUGUUUCUUGGGAGGAAUGCAGCAGACACCCCACCAAUCAAAGGUCGAAUCACCAAAGCCUACCUUUGGUGUCAUGGGGAAAGAAGGAUCAUCCCACCUUCUAGUUCCCGGGUUUAUGAUUAGUGGUAGCAGUUGUCUCUCAACCCCACUUGGGACAGCUGCUCUGAUCUGCAUCGUGGUUUCAGAUGUGGGCGGCCUGUGUCAGCCUGCCGUGGGAGGCUCACGUCACUGCUCACUGCAGUUAUAUCCUGAAUCAGGCAGAGAGACGUCGCUGCAAACACAGGAGCGGUCACCUCCAGGUCUGGAGGUUGGUGGUGGGGGGGGCCCUCCGACUUGCCAUGGGACCCAGCAGAUGCAUCUGGGAAGGUGAGUCUGUGAUUUGGACUUCUCAACACUCAAGUCAGCAUGAGUGGAUGGCAGAGAGUGGCAGACAGCAGGCCAUCCCUGGGCCCUGGGAGGAGCCUGUGGAUGGACUUUGAAGCGGUUGGGAGCAUCGCCCUAGUUUUACCUCCUCGGGUGUCCUGGUCUUGGAUGUCUCCAAGAGACAGCAUGUUGGCAGUAUUUGCUGAAGAAUGACAGGCUAUCACUACCUGGCCUGAGUACCAUUGGGCAGAGGGAAGGAUCUGAGUUUGUCACGUUGAGUUUUAGGUAUGGAAGACUUUGCUUCCUCAAUAACUGAGCGAGGGGUGGUUCUGGGGCCAGAUGGUCUGAGAUUGCGAUGGCCAUGAGUGGAGAUGAAGACCAGGCCCUGCGGCUGGCAAAACCUCUUCAAACCCCCAUGCCCUUGGGGGGCCUUCGGGCAGAAGAGAAGCCAGAGUCUUGGGAUCGCUCCUUUGGAGCUAUGGGUGGCAGCAUGUGAGGGUGGGGUUCCAGAAGGAGGAUCAACUCUGCCAAGCAGAAGAAGGGGAGAUGAGGAUUUGUGCUCAAGUAACAUCCAGAGUCCUGCUCCCAGGGGCCCAAAGCAUCAACACCAUUUCAAGGCAAGGAUGGACCUUGGAGACUGAGGCCCUGAUGCGGGAGUUGAGUACCUGGCUCCUGAUCUGCACGUGCGUCAGCCCUUGGGUUGGCUUGGGAGUCUCCAUCCAUGGGGAAGGAGGAGGGCUCGGGGCUGGAUCUUUCAUCUGCCUCAACAACAACAUCCUAAGGAUCGACUGCCACUGGUCGGCUGUAGAGCUGGGUCAGGGCCCCAGUCCCUGGCUCCUCUUUACCAGCAACCACGCCGUGGGCAGCAAUCACAGAUGUGUCUUCCGGGCCAGCGAGUGCACUCUGGUGCUGCCGCCUGAGGAGGUGCUUGUGCCUUCUGACAACUUCACCAUCACUUUCCACCGUUACGUCUCUGGGAAGGAGCAGGUCAGCCUGGUGGACCCACAGUACCUGCCCCGGAGACAUGUGAAGCUGGACCCUCCCUCUGAUUUGCAGAGCAAUGUCAGCUCUGACUACUGUGUCCUGACCUGGAGCGUCAGUCCUGCUUUGGAGCCUCUGAUCUCCAUGCUCAGCUAUGAGCUGGCCUUCAAGAGGCAGGGGGAGACCUGGGAGCAGGCCCAGCACAGGGAUCACAUUUUUGGGGUGACCUGGCUCAGGCUCGAAGCCAUCGAGUUGGACCCUGGUUCCAGCUACGAGGCCAGGCUGCGCGUCCAGAUGGCCUCGCCGGAGGAUGACCUGGCGGAGGAACAGCACUAUGUGGGCCAGUGGAGUGACUGGAGCCAGCCUGUGUGCUUUCCCUCUCCCCAGACCUCUGCCCGAGGCCCCCUGUUAUCACCUCGGGGGCAGCCUGACGGCACCCUUGUCGCUGUACCUGUCUUUCUGCUACUGACCAGCCUGACCUGCCUCCUGUUCAAGCUUUCACCCAGGGUGAAGAGAAGCUUCUACCAGAACGUGCCGUCUCCAGUGGCCUUCUUCCAGUCCCUGUACAGUGUGCACAAUGGGGACUUCCAGACCUGGAUAGGGGCCCACAGAACCGGUCUGCUGCCGAGCCAGGACUGUGUCGGUUCCCCGAGAAGAGCCUCGGAGUCUAGUGUCCAGGAGGCCAUUGCGUGGCUGACCUAUGGCCCAGUGGAUCCUGCCUGGCAGUCAGUGGUCCUGGAGGAAGAGGAGAAAGGCCCAUGUCUUGGCCUCCCAGAGGCUGUGUUGUUAGCAGGUCGUGUGGCACAGGGAGAGCAGCCACCUGCCUACCUGCCACAGGAGGACUGGGUCCCUGGGAGCCCCACCAGGCCAGCUCUCCCACAGGCAGAGGGCAGCAGUGGUGACUACUGUGCCUUGGGCUGUCCCGGGGCGUGCCACCCCUCGACCUUCCCAGGACGCAUGCAGAGCUCUGGGCCCAGCCUGGCUUUGGCCUGUGGCCUUUCCCGUGACCAGCAGAGCCUGGAUGCCACGCAAGGAGGGACCUGUGUGGGAGUCGGUCACAGAGAGGAGCAAGACCCUGGUGAAUGUGUCGCAUGAGGCCCUCAGGGCACUUUCUUCGCUCCUACCCUUGGCAGACGCUGGCUUUGAUUUAGAACCCUGACGGGGCCAGCUGCACAAUGUCCAUCAUGUGGAAAAUGGACUACAGUCUCUGAGAAUGAAGCCCCUGCACAGAUACCCUGUCCAGAUGGAGGCCGAUAACCCCUCCUCUCUCCCCUCCCCUCAGCAUCCUACCACGCAGCUCCCACUCCCGGGCUCGCCACUUCCCUCCCUGCUUUUGGGCUCCACCCUGGUCCCUCACAGAAGUGGGGCUGUUGGCUCCACAGCCUGUUCUGCCCUCACUCCCUUAAAGGGCCAGCCGGCACCCAACAGACACAGAUGAGGUGCUGUGACCAGGCGGAGUGUUGUCUUUCUGUGCCUCCCUGAGGUACCUCUGCUACUGAGAUUAAAAGGGAUUCAGUGGUUGUUUCAAACUGCUGCUGACUGGGAGAGGGGCCCACAGGAAGUGCAGGGGGUGGGGGUCUGUCUAUUCUCGGGUUUUCUGGGGUUGGAGAUGCUGACAUUUUGAAGUUAGCAUCCAAAUGGAGACCUGUCCCUCUCUGGGUGACCAACCAGAGAGGGCACCUCUGCAUGAGUCUCUGGUGUCCCCUGAGGCCUGUACAGAAAAAAAAACAAAAAAACAAACAAACAAAAAACACACUUGUGGACCCAGGCUCCCAAAGGCAAAGGCUUCCUCUGCCUCAGACAGGCAUCCCCCUCCCCUCUGCGUGCCUGCGGAGGCCCCUGGGGUUUUGUGGGGAGCCUCAGCUGAGCCAGAUCAUGGUCAGAAGGGGUGAGGCAGGACCCAGAAUGUAUUUUUAGCGUGUAGAGAGAGGAGGGGUGUGGACGGAAGUGAGGUGUAGGCAUGUUCAGCUCUAACCAAGGAUAGAAAAAAUAGCAUGAGUCACCCGCCCCUUGGGGAGCCCUGGCCUGGGGUAUUAUUAUAGCAGCAUCUGCGUGGCUUCUGUGGCUUCACAGGGAACCUGGGCCACCUGCAUAUGACGAGUGACCCCCACAGCGGGGAUGCCUCUUGUGCGUGGCCGGAGACAUUGUUCCUGUGAGUCACACAUCUUCUCUCGGUGGCGCCCGGAGACCUGGCUUUGGGAGUGUGCAGCCUUAGAGGCUGUGUGAUGGUACGUGAGACACUCCUGCCCCUUCAGCCUGUGGGACUAACAGUACCUCGUAAGUGUUGCUGUGAGUUCACCUGAGCAAGCUGCCUGCGUAUCUUGGUGCCCAGAAAACGCGUUUCCCUUUUUUGUGAUGAGAUGACCCUUGGACGCUUGUGCUGUGAUCCGGUUUCCAGCAGAGCAAGGUUUGAAGACCUUGGGAUGAGGAAGUCGCUGAGCGCUGGGCACUGAAGGAGUCAGAGAGCAGGCGGCUGGCAACUGGAGCCCUCACACAGCUGGUGGUUUGAGGGAUUGGCCGCACGGCAUGGGCUGGAGCUCAGAUGUCGAAAAUUUGGCCGGCUGGGCUGCAGAGGGUCUGGAAAGCCAGGCUGAGAGCAGUGAGGGAAGGGGACUCUCCCUGGCGAGGGAGGAUGCACAGUGGCUUCUCUCUCUUUCUUUCUUUCUUUCUUUCUUUCUUUCUUUCUUUCUUUCUUUCUUUCUUUCUUUCUUUCUUUCUUUUCUUUCUUUCUUUCAAGAUUUUUUAUUUUUAAGUAAUCUCUGCACCCAAUGUAGGGCUAGAACCCAUAACUCCAAGAUCAAGAUUCGCAUGCUCCAGAGACUGAGCCAGGCAGGUGGCCCUCUUUCUUUAAUUUUCAAUGUGGUGAAAUUCACAUAAUCUAAACAUAACUCUUCUAAAGUGUUCAAUUCAGUGACAGUACAUGCAUAACAUUGUCCAACUGUCAUCACUCUCAAAGGAAAUCCCCUUCCCAUUAAGCGGUUCCCCCGCACCCCCGACACUGUGCCCUGUGCAGCUCUUUGCCUGCUUCCCGUCUCUGUGGCUUUGCCUAUUCUGGACACUUUGUAUAAAUACAGUCAUAUAAUAUGUGACUUUCUGCACAGCCUUUUCCCUCAGCAUAGUGUUUUUGAGGUUUAUCCACUUUAGAGAAUGGGCACCUCAGUCCUUAUUGUGGCCAAAUAUUACUCCAUUGUGUGGGUAGACCACAUGUAGUUCAUUCAUCCUUCUGGAGGGCAUUUGGGUUGUUUCCACUCUUUCACUGUCGUGAACAGUACCGCUGUGAACAUCCGUGUACAAGUUUUUGUUCCUAUACCCGUUGUCUAGGUUUUUGUGUAUAUUUCUUGGAGUGGCAUUGCUAGAUCGUGUUAACUAUGUUUAGACUUUUUGAGGAACCACUGAACUGUUCUCCACGGUGACUUCAACAUUUUACAUCGGUAAUGUACUCCGGUUCCAAUUUCUACGUAUCCUCACCAACUAUUGGUAGCGUCCUUUUUUUUUUUUUUUUUUUUAAGUCGCUCUUCUGAUGGGUACAAAGUGGUACCUCUGCGUGAUUUUGACUUGCAUUUCCCUGAUGGCUGGUGAUGUUGAGUAUCUUUUCAUGUGCUGCUUGUGUAUUUUCUUUGGAGACAAACUUGUUCAAGUCCUUCGCCUAUUUUCUAAUCGGGUUGCUUGUCCCUGUGCUGUUGUAGGAGCUCCUUCUUUAUUCUGGACACUAAACUCAUAUCAGAUAUUCCAUUUGCAAAUAUUUUCUUACAUGCUGCAUGUUAUUUGGUGUCAUACACAAUAGAUUAUUGCCUAAUCCAACCCCAAUAAACACAUAAAAUUAUGCUGAACAUCUUUAGACAUCAGAAAAACGAAAAUGAAAACCACACUGAGUUGCCACUUCACACCCAUUAGAAUGGCUGUUAUCUAAAAAUUGGAAGCUAGUUUUGGUGAGGAUGUGAAGAAGUGAGAACUGUCAUGCAUUGCCGACGGAAAUGAAAAAUGAUAGUGGUGAUGGUUAUACACCGUUAUGAAUAUUCAUUUAAAAAUGGUGAAAAUGGGCCACCUGGGUGAUUCAGUCAGUUAAAUACCUGACUCUUGAUUUCGGCUCAGACCAUGGCACUGGGCAGGGAGCCCGCUUGGGGCUCUCUCUCUUUCUCUCUCUCUCCCUCUGCCCAUCUCCCUCACUCCCCCACACUCUCCCUCUCAAGAUGAAUAAAGAAACAUUAAAAAAGUGGUGAAGGGCUCCUGUAUGGCUCAGUCAGUUGAGCGUCUGACUCUUGAUUUCUGCUCAGGUCGUGAUCCCAGAGUCAAGCCCAGAGAUCGAGCCCUGUGUUGGGCUCCGAGCUUCGUGUGGAGCCUGCUUGGGAUUCUCUCUCUCUCUCUCUCUCUCUCUCUCUCUUCCUCUGCCCCUCUCCCCCACUCACACACUCUCUCUAAAAUAGAAAGAAAUAAGAAAAAUAAAUUAAAAAUGGUGAAAGUGGUAAAUUUUAUGUAUAUUUUACUAUGUUUAAAAAUAAAAAGUAAUGAAAGAAAAUUUUAUGUUAUUUUUGUUAUCACACCCUCAAAGAAAUUUCCCUAAGAACUGGUCCUGAAAUAGUGACACUUGUGAUG